AAUAAAAACUUUACUUGCUACUCAGUUUUUCAGUGUGCACACAGUUUAGCAAAUUAACGCAGUCAGGAAUAAAAUUUAGAAUGAAAAUAGUUCGAACUAACAUCUUUAUCUUAGCAACUCUCUUUGCGCUAUUGCCAUUUGGCAUCACAGACUCAGAUGAAUCAAAGACAGAGCGAACUGUAACAAAGUCAAGCACGGAACAAAAGCUUAGCACCAACAUAUGCACUAAAUGCAUAUGCGAUAUAGAAAACAGUCUAAUUGAUUGUUCCAGUAAAUUGACUGAUUGGUUUACCGAGGAAGAAUGGAAAAGCCUUCAAAACGAGAAAAUUGUUUUCGAGUCUAUCAAAAUGGAGCACAAUAAUUUGACAACUGUUCCUGUAUUGCCAACGUAUGGAGUGAAGAAUCUAUACUUAGGCAAUAACCAAAUAGCUUCGAUUACGCUGGGAGCCUUUCAAAAUUUAACGGAGCUUACUAGACUUGAUUUGUCCAAAAACCAAUUAACUUCAAAGGCUUUAUUACCAGAUGUAUUCAAAGGUCCAUACUCGCAACACGAUUUUGAGCCCCUGAAAAACUUAAAAUCACUUAAUUUGGGUUAUAAUCUCAUUCACUCCUUGAAUGAUGAUUUAUUUGAGCAUAUUCCAAAUCUUGAAGAGCUUAGUUUGUGCUCAAAUACUUUUAAAGUAAUCGACAGGCUUACGGAAACUGCACUUGCUGGAUUAUCGGCAUUGAAGGUCUUGGAUAUGUCUUUUAUGGAACUAGAGAUAUUGCCCGAUACCAUUUUCCAUGGACCUCGAGACCUGGAAACUCUGAUACUUACUGGAAAUUUAUUUAAGGAAUUACCAAAAGCCCUAUCGUAUUCGAAGAACUUAAAGCGCCUUGUAUUGGAUGAUAAUCCUAUUGGAAACCUUGAAGGACAAAAUGUUUUUCCGGCAAUGACCUCUUUGAAAUACUUGAGAAUGACAUAUAUGUUGGAUAUUUACAAAAUUGGGCCAGGUGCUUUCAGCGAACUACAAAAUCUGACAGAGCUGAUAUUGAGUGACAACAAAAUGUUAACAGAAGUGGAUAUACAUGCAUUGUCAAAGAAUAUUACAGGAGGAGCCUUUUUGGACUAUCCACCGCUUGAUAAGCUUUAUUUAAAUAACUGUAAUCUAACAACGCUACCACAAGAAUUUAUCAUCCGCUGGGAUAAGCUCAGCGUGCUGGAUCUGCGUUUUAACCCAUGGGCCUGCAUUACCUCUAACGAAUAUAUGAUCAAAUAUCUAAUUCCAAGAGUCAACAGCACCACGCCGCUUUUAGCAUCGAACGUGAAAUGCGCAUAUCCAGAGGAACUAAGCGGCGUGGAGGUCUUAAAAGUUGCAAGCGGGGAUUACAGUUUAGCACAGAGUAGCAGUCUAGUCUGGAUUGGCAUAAUUGUUGCCGUUCUAUUGGCAAUACCUCUUACUUUAGCUGGAAUAGCCUUCUAUAAGCGUGGCUAUUGCCGUUUCGGCAAGAAGAACGAGGUCGCUAAUAGAACGCUAUAUAGCCGAACAAGUUUCAACGAAGAGUUCCAUAUAUAAUAAUAAGUAUAUAUAUAUAUAUAUAUGUAUACAUAAAAAGCACAAUUUACAUGUUUUGUUAAAAUAAUCAAUUAUAACUUUUAUACAAAUUAACAAAUUUACAAUGAAACUGACAGAAUGGGUUAAGCGACAGCGUAUUUAACAUGGAACUGGAAAUGCGAGCUAACUUUUAUUGAAGACCUUAGAAUCCGUCGGGUAACGUGCCUGAAUCAAUUCCGACUUUAAUGGGAAUGUCUAAGAUGAUAAUCAGUUGAAGGGGAAUGUUUUCUCGAUUUCUCCUGUGGAAAUUAAUGAAAAACAAUUUCUUUAAACCUGUCAAUGAAAAAGUCAACGAAUUGACUAGGGUAAGCUUACAUACUAUUCAGUUAAUGGGUAUGCAUUUUGGUAGUUACCAUUAGUUAACAUUCUCCGUUAAGUAUUUUGAAAGUAUCCUUCAUCACUUGAGUAACAUUUUUAAACAAGUCAAGAGCACUUGUAUAAACAACUUUUGUUUUUCUUGU